AUGGAGCAAAGGUCUGAUUCACUGCCUUUUCCUUUUUUCUCUCUUUUUAGGGUAUUUAAGAAGACCAGUGGCAAUGGACAUAUUGCCCUGUACUUGGGGAAGAGAGACUUUGUGGACCAUGUGGAUUCAGUGGAAGUAGUUGACGGUGUUAUUAAAGUGGACCCUUCUGGUCUUAACGGAAGAAAAGUAUUUGCCUACCUUGCUUGUGCCUUCCGCUAUGGAAGCGACGAUUCGGACAUGAUUGGGCUGUCUUUCAGGAAAGACAUCUGGAUACAGUGCGUUCAGGUGUAUCCACCUACAGGUGCAAACGCAACCAAAACCCCAAUGCAGGAAUCCCUCAUGAAGAAAGUUGGAGAGCAAGGAUGUCCUUUUUCAUUUCAGAUGCCAAUAAAUCUCCCAUGCUCAGUCUCAUUACAGCCUGGGCCAAACGAUGCUGGCAAGGCUUGUGGUGUGGACUUUGAGGUUAAAGGAUACAUUGCAAACGAAGCUGACAGCGCAGAUGAAGUCAUUGACAAGAAGGACACGUGUCGUCUGAUGAUUCGCAAAAUACAAUUUGCACCAACUAACAACAAGGCGGGACCCAAGGCUGAUAAAGCCAAGAAGUUUAGGAUGACUGACAAACCUGUUACCUUAGAGGCCUCCCUUGAAAAAGAGAUCUACUACCAUGGAGAUCCAAUCAGCGUCAAGGUAAAAAUCAACAACGAAACCACCAAGGUGGUGAAGAAAAUCAAAGUCUCAGUUGAGCAGCUAACAAGUGUGAUGCUCUACUCAGCUGAUACUUACUCCAAGACAGUCUGCUCUGAGGAGUUUGGAGAGACAAUUAACGCCAAUGGUACAUUGGAGAAGUCCUUCCAAAUAACCCCCCUGCUGGCCAACAACAAAGAGAAGCGGGGUCUUUCAGUGGACGGACAGCUAAAAGACGAGGACACCCACCUAGCAUCCACUACCCUGUGUCAAGGAGAAAAGGAGAUACAGGGAAUCCUCAUCUCCUAUAAAGUCAAGGUCAAUAUAUUGGUGUCCGGCGGAGGCCUGCUGGGUGGCCUUUCAGGAAGCAAUGUCACUGUGGAGCUUCCUCUGACCCUGAUGUCCCCAAAACCUGCAGCCAAUUGGAUUAAAGGCCCCCUUUAG